CCAUACCCGCGGAUUCCAACCACACCAAGUCUCAUCAUAUAUUUUUACUCAAGAUGGCACCAGCUUUGAUUGAACAACCCGUGCAACCGGAGAUCAACUUCUCCAAGUCUGGUCACGGGGACUAUAAGGCACCUUUCGCUGGGCCCGAAGCCUUCUCAGCAGACGCAGAACUUAAAGGAACUGGGAAGCAGCCACCUGCUAAGUACAAGAACUACCUCCCAACCUGGCCGCAGACCAAGUACCCGCCUCUUGAGCCUUUCGAACAUACCGAACAUGGGAAAGACGCAGACCGGAGCUUCCCUAAUCUUCUGAAAGAUUCAAAAGUUGUUGAGCUUACUGGAAACAUUGGAGCCGAGGUGACGGGAGUACAGUUGAGCAAGCUCAACGAUGCCGGGAAAGACGAGUUGGCAUUGUUUGUUGCUCAGAAUAAGGUAGUUGCCUUCCGUGACCAGGACUUUGCAGAUCUUCCGAUUGCAGACGCGCUCAACUUUGGAGGAUAUUUCGGCCGCCACCACAUACACCCAACAUCUGGAGGACCAGUUGGUCACCCAGAAGUACAUCUCGUUCAUCGUGGUGCAGAAGAUACUACCGUACGCGACUAUUUUGAGGAGCGCACAAACUCAGUGACAUGGCAUUCAGAUGUGACGUAUGAAAAGCAACCUCCCGGGACAACCUUCUUGUACCUGCUGGAUGGUCCAUCUGCAGGUGGUGACACUCUUUUCGUAAACCAGGCGGAGGCUUACCGGAGACUCUCGCCCGAGUUCCAGAGAAGAUUGCAUGGGUUAAAAGCUGUUCAUUCAGGCAUCGAACAAGCAGAAAACAGCAGAAACAGAGGCGGCAUCGUCCGUCGCGAACCCGUAACUUCAAUCCACCCUCUCGUUCGCACACACCCCGCAACCGGCGAGAAAGCGCUCUUUGUCAAUCCCCAAUUCACCCGUCGCAUCGUCGGAUACAAGAAAGAAGAAAGCGACUUCUUGCUCAAGUUCCUCUACGACCAUAUUGCCAAAGGUCAAGAUUUCCAAGCGCGUCUCAAGUGGGCACCGGGAACUGUCGUUGUGUGGGAUAAUCGCGUUACGGCGCAUUCAGCUCUUUUAGACUGGGAUGAUGGGCAAAGAAGGCAUUUGGCGAGGAUUACGCCGCAGGCUGAGGCCCCGUAUGAGACUCCGUUUGAGUAG